CAAGGCAAAAUGUCCGCAAUGGAGGCCCCAGUCGAGAAAAAGGUUGAGAAGUCAGCCAAGCCUCUUGGCAUGCGCAAGAACGGAAUGCAAUGGCAUGCUCCGAAGAAAGCGUUUCGGCCUACUAAAGGCCUCUCCUCGUAUGAGCAAAGAACUAAGGAGCGCGCUGCAAUGGCACAGAUGAAGGCAAAGGAGAAGGAGAUGAAGGAGGAGAAGGAGGAAGAGCGCCAGCGACGGAUCCAGGCAAUCAGGGACAAGCGAGCAAAGAAGGAAGAGAGGGAGCGAUACGAGAAGAUGGCUGAAAAGAUGCACCGCAAGCGAGUGGAGAGAUUGAAGCGCAAGGAGAAGCGAAACAAGCUCUUGAACUCAUGAGCCCAGCGACACCCUCGCCGAAGACAUUGGGAUUAGACUGCAUCGGCAAAACCCGCAGUGCAUUCUAUAUAUUGGCAGCAUUCAAGAACCAUGGUGCUUACAACGGAUGCGCACUGUGGUAUCCGAACUUGGACGACCAUGCAGCAGCAGCAGCAAGCAGUUGGACGGGGGCUGUAGCGACAACCUCUUCACCGCCCUCGACUCCAGCCACUACUAUUCGCAGUAGUCUAAAUUUGGUCUUAUUUGCAUUCUGCGGCAAAAUAGGACUGCUAGCUCUUGGGCCUGUUUGCUUGGGUGAUUUUUGGGGGUCUUGCAUUUGCAUGGAGUUGGGAGCACAUUGAUUACAUGUAAUACAUUUGAGACGGGCUUGCCGAAGCAGCAAUGGAUAAAACAGGGAAAGGACCUGUCAAAGAAAAGAAUGAAGAAACUUACCAU